AUGGAAGAUCACGCAUUGUGUCCCGAAUGUGUGCGCGCGGCGCGUAAAAUCCAGGCACACUUCUGUCAAGCUGAGGGGUGGCAAAGGAGGACCGCCGCGAGUAAAUUGUUGCGACCGAAAGUGGCACACGCAUCAAUUAUCGCCGGCCAUGUCCCGAAAGGGCCAUCCAUCUCCCGGAAAUGGGAGGUUUCUGAGAUGGAAGGAUCAAGGGCUUUGUGGUUGUGGUGGGUGGAAGGUGGGGUGGCACAAGCCGGUCACAAGUGGGACCAAAAGGAAGGAGAAGUGGAUACAGAUCCGCCGGGGAAAAGAAACAGGGUGGACACCCAGUUUUGGAAGGCGAGGAAGGUUUGGAUGAAAUGUCAUGGAUCAAAAAACCCCUGA